GAGAGGAGGAAAGAAAAAAGGAAAAGUAAGUAUAUUUCGUUUGGAUCCUGCUAGCGGACUUAUUGUUGAAACUUUCUAAAAACUGAUGUCCUGAAUGCUAGAAUGGUGAGGGAUGGUUAAUAAAAACUUUCGAGAAUUGUGUUUGGUGUGCAUCCCUCUGGUGGCAAGUAUAGGAGGGCCGCCACAACAUUAAUACGUGACCUCACCCGUCUUUGUGUGGUUAUGUCCGGUGAUUCAUAGAUAUCAUUUGUAAUAUUACACAUUUUUACGAACGAUAUCGGAUGUAAAUUUAUCGAAUUUGUCGUGAAAAUUGAUUACAAAAUGACAGAAGUUCAUAACUUAGGUGUUGAUGCUAUUAGCUGUCAUGCUUGGAAUAAAGACAGAAAAGAAGUAGCAAUCUGUCCAAAUAAUAGUGAAAUUCAAGUUCACAAACGUACGUCAAGUGGUUGGAAAUUAUUACAGAAUUUGCAAGAACAUGACAUGCAUGUCUUGGGUAUUGAUUGGGCACCAAAUACUAAUCGAAUAGUAACAUGUUCUGCAGACAAAAAUGCAUAUGUUUGGACACAAGAGGGAGAUGGAAAGUGGAAUCCUGCAUGGGUGCUUUUAAGAAUAAACCGAGCAGCAACAUGUGUGAAAUGGUCUCCACUAGAAAAUAAAUUUGCUGUUGGAUCUGGAGGUAGAGUAAUAGCUGUUUGUUAUUUUGUAUCCGAGAAUAAUUGGUGGCAGUGUAAGCAUAUAAAACGCCCAUUAAGAUCCACUGUAACUACAGUUGAUUGGCAUCCAGAUAAUAAAGUUUUGGUUGCUGGAUCCACUGACUAUAAAGUUCGUGUAUUUAGUGCAUUCAUUAGUGAUAUAGAAGAUGCACCUGGUAAUGGACCAUGGGGUCAUAGUAAUACUUUAGGAACAUUACUUGCUGAGUUUCAAAAUACUCCCAAUGGAGGAGGUUGGAUACACUCUGUUGCAUUUAGUCCUUGUGGUAAUAAAAUUUGUUGGGUAGCACACAAUUCAUCAAUUUGCAUUGCAGAUGCUACCAAAGGAAAUACAGUUACACGAUUAUAUACAGAGCAUUUACCAUUUUUAAGUUGUGUUUGGAUGGGAUCCAAUUCUAUUAUUGUUGUGGGACAUAGUUGCAUGCCUAUGCUUUAUUCAAUAGAUGACAAUGGUCAACUAUAUUUUGUAUCAAAAUUAGACAACACACAGAAAAAAGAGGCCGCCGGGUUAUCUGCUAUGCGUAAAUUCCAAUCAUUAGAUCGCCAAGCGAGGACUGACACUAAUGACAACGCCUUGGAUAGUAUACAUCAAAAUACCAUCAAUUGUGUACGCAAAGUAUCGACUAACGAAUUUAGUACGAGCGGUUUAGACGGUCAGUUGGUAGUUUGGGAUCUUAAGCUCCUGGAAAAUUCCAUUGCUGGUCUCAAGAUAGCAUAAGUGAAAUUUUUUUAUAUCAGAAGAAGACAGAAGAUAUUACAUCAGAUGAAAAAUGUAUAAAUGUUAAAUCUAUAACUAAAAGACAGAAAUAUACAAUUUCUCAUUAA